UAUACAGGCAAAGGAAUUGAGCUGUGACCACACAGUACAAAGACCUUGAAAGAGUUUCUAGGCCUGUGUGAUACCGUCAGAGGAUGCAAACGGGUUGCAGAUUUUGGAUGUUUCUGUGCAGAUAGCAACAUGGUCCCAAAAAGUGUUAGACAGUGACACAACUUACCCUGGCACCAGGAACAGCAUCCCUUUCCAUAAGGGAUUGAAGCACGUUUAGAUUGGGGGUCCUUGGGGUGACAUGUAAGACAAUAUGUGAAAAAAAUAGAUAUAUGGUAAUGUAUGCCAGAAACUGCAUUGCCGUUCCCGUGUGGUGCUGACGUCGGGUGAUAUGGGACACUCUGCUAUUGCGAUUUUUCGAAAGCACUAACCUUUUUGACUCCGUUUUGGCACGGAGGGACCUGUUGGAAGUAGCAAAGCACAAGGUAUCACAGCAGGCCAGAAGCAGAGAAAUGAUUCCCGAUGCCAACACUGGGUGGCAGUGUUGACCACGGAUCAGCAGCUACCUCUCCCCGCCCAGGCUCUGCGGCACCGGCAGACAAAAAGAGACGAGCGGGAGGAUAGUGGGACAAGCAGCCGGGCUGCGGUGGGGAUUGCAGAAGACAUUCCUCACCAUUCUUGACAAACACGGCUCGGUUUGGGACUCUGCUUGCAAAUGUCGGCAAGCAGGGAGAGCUCUGACCGGCUUUUGUGGAGAGGAAUGGCGUGGAACGGGAGACGGAGCGGAGGCAGCCCCAGGCAAGUGAUCGUCUUCCUUCUGUGCGUUUGCGUGUGGCAGAGCGUGGCCGAAAGCCUCCGCUAUUCUCUGGCGGAGGAGAUGGAGAGGGACUCGUUUGUGGGCAAUAUCGCGCAGGACCUGGGGCUUGCUCCGAGCCAGCUGGCGGCUCGCAAGGCGCGCGUUGUGUCCGAGGGGAGCCAGCAGCUUUUCCGCCUGAACCCGAGCAGCGGAGUGCUGACGGCCAAGGAGUCUCUGGACCGAGAGGAGAUCUGUCCGCAGAGCGAGACCUGCACGCUCUUCUUUAAGGUGUUUUUGGACAACCCGUUGGAGCUGAUCCGAGGGGAGGUGGAGGUUCUUGACGUGAACGAUAACUCCCCUGUGUUCCCGGAGAAGGAGAUGGUUUUAGAGAUUCUAGAAACGGCAUCCCCAGGUUCCCGUUUUCCCCUGGAAAGCGCCCGUGACAAGGACGUGGGUAGCAAUGGUCUACAAAACUACACUUUGGGAUCGAAUUUGCAUUUCUCGCUUGCUCUAGGAACAAAGAAAGAUGGAGCAAGAUACGCUGAUCUCGUCUUAGAAAGGCAGCUGGAUAGAGAAAAGCAGAGAGAGAUUAAAUUACUCCUGACCGCAACGGACGGGGGCUCACCACCCAGGUCGGGUACAGCUCAGAUCCGGAUUGUGGUACUGGAUGCCAAUGACAACACCCCCACCUUCAGUCGAGAGAUCUACGAGGUGCACCUGGCCGAGAACAGCCCUCCCGGACAGAUAGUGAUUAGAGUCGCUGCCAUAGACCCCGACGAAGGGUCGAACGGGAAGGUGCACUAUGCCUUCACUCAGACAUCCGAGCGGUCACGGAAGCUCUUCGAUCUGAAUCCUGAUACAGGAGAGAUUCGGGUGGCAGGAAAACUGGACUUUGAAGAAACAAAAACCCACGAUCUGAUGGUGAGAGCCACCGAUGGAGGGGGACUGUAUAAUCAUUGCAAAGUGCAGGUGGAGGUAGUGGAUGUAAACGACAAUGCCCCGGAGAUACAGCUGACCUCACACACUGCCUCCAUUCCCGAGGACGCCCCGCUACGUACUGUGGUGGCACUCUUCAGCGUGAGGGACCGGGACGUCGGCGACAACGGUAGGAUGGAGUGCACCAUCGAGGGGGAUUUGCCCUUCACUCUCACCCCCACUUUCGAUAAUUACUACGAGCUGAGAACCAGCGCGGCGCUGGACAGGGAGACGAGGGCAGAGUAUAACAUCAGCAUCCGAGCGACGGACUGGGGCCAGCCGCGCCUGAGCGCCCUUGAAAGCCUGUGGGUGCAGGUGGGGGACGUGAACGACAACGCCCCCGCCUUCAGCCAGGAGCUGUACAGCCUGUGGGUGACGGAGAACAACAGGCCGAUGGUGCGCAUCGGGCGCGUGCAGGCGAGCGACGCGGACGCGGGCAGCAACGCGCGCGUGCAGUACGCGCUGGUGCGCGGGGAGGGCGCGGAGCAGCCCGCGCUGUCGGUGAACGCGGAGAGCGGCGAGGUGUACGUGGUGCGGGCGCUGGACUACGAGCGGCUGCGCGCCUUGGAGGUGCGGGUGCGCGCCACGGACGGCGGCUGGCCGGCGCUGAGCGCGCAGGCGGUGCUGCGCGUGCUGGUGCGCGACGAGAACGACAACGCGCCGGUGGUGCUGCACCCGGGCGGCGAGAGCGGCGCGGGCGCGGGCGAGCUGGUGCCGCGCUGGGCGCCGGCGGGCUACCUGGUGGCCAAGGUGGUGGCGGUGGACGCGGACGCGGGCCAGAACGCCUGGCUGUCGUACGAGCUGGCCAAGGCCACGGAGCCGGGGCUCUUCCGCCUCGGGCCGCACAGCGGCGAGCUGCGCACGGCCAGGGCCGUGGCCGAGCGCGACGCGCCCCGACACAGCCUCGUCGUGCUCGUGCGAGACCGCGGCCAGCCGCCGCGCUCGGCCAGCGCCACCCUCGCCGUCGCCCUGCUCCGCGACUUCUCCGACGCCCACGCAAGCCUCGCCCACGACCCGCCGCCCCACGAGCCCGACCACACGCUCACGCUCUACCUCAUCGCCUGCCUGGCCUGCGUCUCCGCGCUCUGCCUGGCCACCGGCCUGGCCGCGCUGCUCACGAAGCUGCGGCGGGACCGGCGCAAGCGCGCCGAGCCCUUGCCCACCUUCCCGACGGCUGUGGCCGACAGCGAGGCAGGCUCCCUUCCGCGCAGCCUGGUCUACGACGUCUGCUUGGCCACCGGCACCCUCAGCAGUGACUUUCAGUUCCUCGGGCCACUUUUGCCCUGCUUGCCUGCCGGCGUAACUCUUGGUGUGGCUCCCCAGCGGAGCUCGGUGUGUUCACAAGAGGCUGCGAACUUCGGAGAAGGAGGCGACCUGGCUGCACAGGCUCCCUUCUCCAAAGACACAAGUCCCAGACCUUCCGAAGCAGCUUGUGCUGCAAGCAAUGGGAGGGAGUUAAACAACACUUCGGAUCAAAACCCUUGGCUCACCCAUCAGUAAGUGAGAAGAAAGACAGACUUGUCUAUCCAUAUCACCUAAUGUACUCACAGGGAAAAAGAGAACAAAUAUACCAAGCAACCAUCUAAAAAGCAGCAGAGUUAGAAGUCUUCUUUGAGAAAGAGCAAACCUUCCCCUCCUGUUGAGCAGUGAGUUGUUCAUGUAGGUAUUUAGUAAUUGUCAUAGAGUCAUAGAAUGAUUUAGGUUGGAAGAGAUCUCAAAGCUCAUCCAGUUCCAACCCACGACCAUAGGCAGGGACACCUCCCACUAGAACAGGUUGCUCAAGGCCUCAUCCAACCUGGCCUUGAACACCCCCAGAGAGGGAGACAUAGCUGGAGGACAAAGACUGCUGCAUGCUGAUUACACUGACGCUGGAUGCAUGUUAGUGAACCUUGAUCAAUGUAUGCUUUUUUUUUCAUAUCAUAAAGCAGAAAUGUACAUUUCAA